AUGCUCCAGACAACCGUCACGCUGCUUUAUCCUCCUCACUGUGUAGCGUUGGUAUCCGAGGGCAUGGUUGGAGUCCCCAUUAAGAUCGAGGCUGCCCCUGGAGAACAGGCCUCAGCUACUCAAAAGGCUCAUGUUUACCCAUUCAAAGGUAGCGCGACGGAAUCGACAGGCGCUCCCAAGCUUGGGCCCAACGUGAAGCAAGGCCGCCAGGACGCUGAAACAUCCAUCCUCAACAUGUACAAGUAA